AUGGCGCAAACCGCCGUGGGCAGGCUCUUCCGUCAGAGCACUACCAGCUCGAUAAGCCAAUCCGUGCUGAGACCAUCUCAGGUUCGCAGCUUUGGUAACAAAGCAGCAAUCCCAACUUUCACUCCAACAGCUAUCCCUAAAUUAGACCAGGCUCUCGACCGCUUCCGACAAGAUCUUUUCAUUCCCCUUGGACUUCCUAAGCGACAGAGAAAGAGUGUUUUCAAGCCGAAAUACGCCCAGGCAUUGGAACACGACCCGAUCACCGUGAAGAUAAGCGAAAAUGAAGAAUUCACCCUAACGCCGAAGAACAAGCACGAAUUGCCUUCUAAGAAGGAUGCUAUGGAAGUCCUCCACAUGAUGGUUGAAACAAGGGACUUCAGCAACCUUUUCCCAUUCAUCAGCGGUCUCCGUAUGUCGAACUACACCAUCAGCACCGACCGUUGGGAGUACAUCAUCCGCAAAGCCGCCAGAACUGGUAAUCUCGCAGCCGUCAUCGAGUGCGCCAACCAGUACUCCCGCACUGGCCUAAGCCUGGGCAACAUGAACAUCGCUCGCCGUCUAUUCUACGAGCUUCAUCAUAACGCAUCACGUCGUCACUUCCAGGAUAGGACAACCGUCAAUGCUUUGAAACUGGCGGAAAGGGCGGCCAGUUUGAUGGAACGCCCGGAACACUCUGUCCGAGGCGACAGUGCCAAUGACCCGAAGCAGCAGCCUUUCGUUAUUGGUACACUUUUGGAACUCAGCGUCGCGUGUAACGUUGAUGAUACUUCCCUAACGACCAAGGUUGUCAACUAUAGCAAGGCACUCAAGGCUAAUUGGGGUCUCGGCAAGUUCGAAGAUGAAUACACCACACCCGCCGAAAAGCAGUUCCGGGCUGAGGAGAACCUUGCUAUUGUUAAUGCCGUUAGGAUGGGCAAUCUGGUUUCCAGGCCAAACCCCUCGCUUGUCUCCCUCAUGCCGCGCGCGGAGGCUCUUGAGGCUGUAUUGGCUGAGCAGUUGAAGAGUGUUAAGAACAAGCAGGUUCUUGCUGACACGGUGGCCCAGCAGCUCAUGUCUGUGAAGGAAUAG